UAGUGGUGUGAAUAUGUAUGCGGUUAACAAUGUAAGCUGUAGUAUUAUCCUAUAAAGGUCAGUUGGGAGUUUGAACGCAGUGCCCACGACGCGCGUACGUUAUCACAGCCCGCCGCACGCUACACCUCUCUACACAAAAAUCUCGAACGGGAAUACCGGAUACUGACGCAGCCCUAAGAAACUACAGCCGUCUCACUCGCACGUACACACGAAAGCUCGCGAUUUGUAUUCCAUCCUUAUUGCUCAACCACGGAGCGAUAUCGCGCUAUGCUUAUAGUUAGAAAUAUGUAACUGAAUAGUUUACUUUUGUGUGUAGUUUUGCCAAGUUGAUGUCGCUCGAAAUUAGAAUUGCUGCAUGUUUCGUUGUUAGAAAUGCGUGAAGUGUAUUCAAUGUAAUAUUUACGGUGUGCAGUGUACAGUGUUUUUUUUUAGGCAAAUGUAAAAUGCGUACGGCCGAGCGAUGGCGCGCAAACGCGACAUUUUUUAGAUUCCAAUAAUGGACGAAAGUUUGUGAUUUACUAUAGAUUAUGUGUUGUGAUUAUAAAUAACAGUGGUGUUUAAUUGUGAAGAUGAUUAACGGGAGAUAUUGUAUAAUUGACAUAACAGCAUGGGUCCUGACGGUGUACUUACUGCUGCACGUGCCGCACAUAGAGAUGAGGGUGGACGACUUCGAGCAACAGGCGCAGGCGCAGGCCAGAGAGCAACCACCAGCAUCAACGGAAACCCCAGUUGAGGAGAAGGUGGAGCUGAACAUGGGCAAGUGUUUCCACUUGCCGCGCUCCAAGUGCCCCGCGGAACCCAACUGCACGAAGGUCGGCAGCAUGGCCGUGUUCUGCUGCGACCUGGACAGCGCCAGGCUCAAGGAGGCACUGGCUUCAUCCAUAACACAGAACACGACGUACCUGCACGUGCUGAACGCGAGCAUCGACGAGCUGGACGUGUCGCAGGCCAUUUUCCGGAGACUGUCUUCCAUGGCGUUCACCGAUGGCAACAUUGACAAGAUUGUCGGUCGUUUCCCCAAGUAUUCCACGGUGGCCUGUCUAAACAUCUCAAACAACAACCUGACCUCCGCCAAGCUGCAGCCGCCCAUCCAGCGGCCGUACGCCUAUCUCUUCAACCUGAGCAUCCUGGACGCUUCGGCCAACAAUCUCACCGAGUUCCCUCUCAGCCUCGUGCAUAGCAACAGGAAGAUUUCUGUUGAUCUGUCCGGAAACAAAUACCUGCCGUGCAAGCACUUCCAGAAAGCAAUGGAGACGAACAACAGUUCUCUGGUGACCUUCAUCAACUACAAGACGACGUACUGCGCGCUCGAUAUCAGCUUCAACUGGUUCAAAGAUGUGCGGAUCGUGCAGAUCGAUCAUCUCAGGGUGCAGAAAGAGUUAAACGCGAGCUGCCGCAACAUAAAGCCGGCGAACAUCAACUGCACGUGCAUCCCGGAGCGGCUGGAGUUCCCGGGCGGCGAGGUCACCAACAUGUCCGUGUCCGUGUCCGUGGACUGCACGCAGCGGAACCUCACCGUCAUGCCCACCGACCUGCCCAUGAACACUGUCAAGCUGAAUGUCUCGCUCAACAAUAUCACAUCUCUCCAGCCGGUGGCUGACGACGCGUCGUACGAGCACCUGCGCCAGCUGAUCGUGGACCACAACGACAUCGUCAACAUUCUGGAGCUGGAGGGCACCAAGUUCAUCGACAACUUCAUGCUCUUCUCCAUAGCUUAUAACAAACUGAAGACUAUCCACACGUACGUGCUGUCAAAUCGUUUCGACACGACGGGCCCCGAGCUGUCGAUAGCCGGCAACCACAUACAUUGCGACUGUAAUACCGAGAAAAUGCUAAAGCCGUGGCUUCUAGAAAACUUCAAAAACAUACCCGACUUCAAGAUGCUGGAGUGCGAUGACAACAAUAAGGUGGUGGACCUUCUUGAGUGGAAGGUCUGUCACACGCCUCGCGACUGGACUGACUACAUCUACUACAUCAUAGGGUUAGAGGUCCUCAUACUGGUGCUGCUGAUCAGCAAGGUGUCGUACGACUACUGGGUGUUCAAGACCGCCGGCUACUUGCCCUGGCCCGCGAACAAGAUGCCCCGGUUGCCGUGUGAUUGGCUGUGCGAGUAGUGUGAGGCUAGUGAGAGAACAUAUGAACCAAAGUAUUACGUGGUGUGCAUACGGCUAACGUUUUGAGAACUCUCUUGGUGUCUGCUUCCAGUCUUGAUUGAACCAGGUAUCGUAUUUCACAUGGAGCGACACUACGUGGCAAUUUAUUUGGAAUUGCGAAGGCCCAGAAUAAGUAAAAUAAAAGGAUGAAUGGGUUAUCAUCGUUCUUUGUCUUGAUUAGCUCAUAGUCUGUGGAAAA